UCGAUGACUGUGGGAGUUGACAGCAGUUAGCUUAAAAGUAAUAUUAGCAGCCUUUAACUCAAUGUAGGUUAUUUAGAAAACAUGUAAAGACAGCCCAAAGUACCGGACAAUAGUGAGCCGAAGUGCCGAGACGGAAAAUGGGAUUCAAACCGUAGCUUAGGUCAGACUACAACUUAGCCUCAGCCUAGACACAGCGGCUAAUGCUAAUGUGAGUCUAAGCUAACGUUAACCGUAUCAACGCCGCCGCCGCCGAGUCAGUUGACCGGGGUUGACAUAUGCUACCGUCUGCCGGAUAUAAACACGGUCACGGUCUGUGAAGCGGUGCUGUCGGCUUCAGUGCGUACAGCUGACAACAGAAAUGGUAUUGUUAGUCAGGGGGAUGUUUGCUUUGGUGGACUAGAUUAUGUUUGCUAGCUAAGGUAGCGUUAGCAUUAGCAAAACAGGAGCUGUGCCUUGGAGAGUCAGCUGACAGACGGACCAGUGAUGGAUCAACUCAAAGUGAAGGACCGCAUAUUGGAAAACAUCUCCUUCUCCGUCAAAAAGUUACAGAGUUACUUUGCGGCCUGUGAAGAUGAAACUCCAGCCAUCCGAAAUCAUGAUCGGGUCCUGCAGCGCCUCUGUGAACACAUUGACCAUGCUCUGCUGUACGGACUACAGGACAUCUCCGCAGGCUACUGGGUCCUGGUCCUUCACUUCACCAGGAGAGAGGCUGUACGCCAGAUAGAUGAACUCCAGCACAUAGCAACCAACCUGGGGCGCAGUCGUGCAUGGCUGUACCUGGCAUUAAGUGAAAGCUCUUUAGAAAGUUACCUGCGCCUCUUCCAGGAGAACCAAGGAUUACUGCAUAAGUAUUAUUUCAAGAAUGCCCUGGUCUGCAGUCAUGACCAUCUGACUCUGUUCCUCACGCUGGUGUCAGGCCUGGAGUUCAUCCGGUUCGAUCUGGAGCUGGACGUUCCCUACCUGGACGUGGCCCCCUACAUGCCAGAGUACUACAAGCCCCAGAACCUCCUGGACUUUGAGGAGAGGCUGCCCAGUUCAGACAGCUUAUCCCUGCACUCCUUCACCUCGCUCACCUCCACCAACCUGGAGUGGGAUGACAGCGCCAUCGCCCCUUCCAGUGAAGAUUAUGAUUUUGGUGACAUCUUCCCCGUGUUGCAGUCAGUGCCGAGUGCAGACUGGGAAGAGGGGGACCUGACUGACCAGGCCAGCUGCCCCCGGUCCAGCGGUUCGGACCCACAGACGGUCAUCAGCGAUGUAGUGGUGGUGUCUGCCGGAGCGGUCAAAGCAGGAGCUCACCUUUCCCCUCACAGACACAACCCCUUCAAUGAGGACUCGGACACCAACACCACCAACACCUCAGCCGACGUCACGCCGGUUCAUGUUGCUGGCCGCCACAACGCCGUCAUCACUGGAGACGAGACGGAGACCAACGGCAACGAGCUGGAGGUCAUUAGGAUGGCCAGAAGACGGAAGCCAGCCAAGAAGCGGCGAGGAAAAGGCUCCACUGACUCCAGCAGCAGCAUCCAUAACUCAGUCUCAUCUGAGAACAUGGAGCUGGACAUGAGCCUCCAGGCGUCGGAGGAGGCACAUUCACUGCAGCUGGAUGGUGAGGAGCAGAGGAGGAGGAGGAGGAGCACGGCAGGACCCGCUAUCGCACAUGAAGGAGAUGAGGAGAGUGUAGGAGAUGUGCUGCGUCUGCCACAGAUGAGUGACACUUCCAUGGACGGCGUGGGCCAGCCCCUCCGUGAUGUCAUGGACCGCCUCAAUGGGGCUCUGGAUAAAGACGAAACCUGGGAGCACCUGGAAGAGGAGGAGGAGGAGGAUACAAAUGAUGAAGGCUGCGAGCGUGGAGCAGAGCCGCCGUCACAGCGGCCCUUUCGGGAGGACUCAGCAGGGGAACCACCUGACCCCGAACCAAGAGAGACGCCUCCCCGCCCUCUGGACGCCAGCCCCGCCCACCCACAGACCUGUCCUGGGUCUAAAGACACAUGCUGCUCUGCCACCAACGGUCCAGACUCUGCUCCCUACAGUCGUGGCAGCAAUGACUCUACAGAGCAUAGCCAGUCACAGACUUUUUCAAGUAGCCAUGAAGAUGAAGGACAGGCAAAAACAACAGAAAGACAAGAGCCCAACAUGACAGAAGAGGAGAAGGAGGAGGAUGUACAAGAAGUAGAGGACACGGAGAAGGAGGAGGAAACACAACCGUCACAGCAGAGCCUCAGUCCGUCAGAGGUUUCUCAUCCAGCAGAGUUUAAAGUGGACAACAAUCACUUGCUUCUGCUCAUGAUUCAUGUGUUCAGAGAAAAUGAGGAACAGCUCUAUAAGAUGGUGAGGAUGAGUACAGGUCAUAUGGAGGGGGACCUGCAGCCCCUCUACUUGCUGCUGACUGACUGUUACAUCUACCUGCUCAGAAAAGGUGCAGCAGAGAAGCCCUACACCGUAGAGGACGCCGUUUCUUACAAUGAACUGGACUACCUUUCAGUGGGCCUCAACCAGCAGACGGUGACAGUGGUUUGUACCAACAGGAGAAGGAAGUUCCUGUUGGACACGGCUGAUUCCUCACUGACUCUUUGGUUCCUGUCUGUCCUCAAGUCGGCCAUGGUGAAGGGCUGCCGUGAGCCCCCCUACCCGUCUGUCCUGACCGAUGCCACCAUGGAGAAACUGGCUCUAACCAAGUUUGUGUCCCAGGAAUGUCAGUGUGAGGUGUCUGAGGCUUGUAUCCAGCUGUACUCACUGGUCCACUGGGAGGAUCCCAUGGACAUGACUCUGUCCCCACAGGGUGACACGCCAAGCUCUGGAGGGUCUUCUAGUACCAAGGAGGGGCUUCUGCAGUACCGGGCCGGUACCACCUAUUUGGGAAAGGAGCUGUGGAAGGGCUGCUACCUCAUCCUCAGCAAUGGGAUUCUGUACCUGUACGCAGAGAGAACUGAUGUGACUCCUCUGCUGUCAGUCACAAUGGGAGGAGAACACUGUGGAGGCUGCCGUCGCUCCAACAGCACCGAGCGUCCUCAUGCCUUCCAAGUCAUCCUGACGGAGCGCCCCCCGCUGGAGCUCAGCGCCGACAAUGAGCAGGACAUGGCUGACUGGAUGCAGCUGCUCUGCCAGUCUGUGUCCAAGGGGGUUAUCCCCCAGGGUGUGGCCCCCACCCCAUGUAUCCCAUGCUGCCUUGUGGUGACUGACAAAAAGCUGCUGACUUGCCAUCAGGAUUGUCAGACGAGUUUUUUCCGCUCGCUGGGCAGCGCUGAUAUCUGUGACAUCACAGCCGUCAGUCUGGAGGCCGAUAAGGAAUACUGUGUCAUUGAGUUUGCAGCAGAUCGGGCCCAGUUCCUCCCUCCUUGGGUUUUGUAUUUCAGUGGCUGUGAAGACAGAGAUCAUCUGCUGCAGGCCUUAGACCGCACCUGGAAGGACAUUUACCAGGUGGACCUUCCUCACAGAGACAUGUGGGACCCGUCGGUGCAGAAGCGCUGUGGCGAGGCCUUGGCCCUGAUGAAGAGCGCCUGGCAGAGGUCCGACAGUCUGGCCCGAGGCAGAGCCCAGAGGGAGCCCUGGUGCUGAUGGACCACCCACACCAUCCAGACCACCCAGCUGACCGCAACCACGAGGCACCGCCACAGGAACAUGGGCGU